AUGCCUUCAAAAUGUGCAAGGAGUUUAUUCAGCAGAGAUAAACCUUCUGAUAAUCCCUUAGUUGUAAAUUUCAUCUCUGGCUCCUCCCCCUCCUUUUCUUUCUCCGCUUCCUCUGACAUCACUCUUUCUUCUUCCGAUGUGAUUAACUCUUCAUUUAACUUUUUUCUUUUACUUCAUUUUCUUUUCUUUUUCCUUUUCCCGUUUACUUUUUAUUUUCCCUUUUCUCUUUCUUUUUUUCUUUUUCUCUUUCCUUUUUUCUUUUUCUCUUUCCUUUUUUCUUUUUCUCUUUCCUUUUUUCUUUUUCUUUUCCUUUUUUCAUUUUUCUUUUCCUUUUUUUUCUUUUUCUUCUUUCUUUUAUUUUCUUUCUUUCGCUUUCUCUCUUCCCUUUUUCCUUCUUUCGCUUUCUUUCUUCCCUUUUUCCUUCUUUCGCUUUCUUUCUUCCCUUUUUCCUUCUUUCGCUUUCUUUCUUCUCUUUUUCCUUCUUUCGCUUUCUUUCUUCUCUUUUUCCUUCUUUCGCUUUCUUUCUUCUCUUUUUCCUUCUUUCGCUUUCUUUCUUCUCUUUUUCCUUCUUUCGCUUUCUUUCUUCUCUUUUUCCUUCUUUCGCUUUCUUUCUUCUCUUUUCCUUCUUUCCUUUCUUUCUUCUCUUUUUCUUUCUUCUUUCUUUCUUUCUUUUCCUUCUUUCCUUCUUUUUCCUUCUUUCGCUUUCUUUCUUCUCUUUCUCUUGUGCGAAAUUUGUUUUGUUUUUUUGUUUGUUACCGCCUCCAGUUCUUAAACCCCAAGGCACACGCUACCUCAAAAGCAGGCACCGGUAUUUCCCAGAAUUCCAAGACACUUUUCCUCUUUGCUGGAAUUCGUUUCUUGUCUACUCUUUCUUCGCUAACCCAUUUUUCCAAACAUCCAAACAACGAAAAAGUUGCGGCAAAACGUUUGUCACCCAUUCGUUGGCAGAACCGUGAUCUGCUGACGUUGAUUCGCCGCGCUUCGUUAACGUCCUUGUGCACGGAUUGGCGCUUUCGUUUGCGAUUAGUGUUUCCGUUCAUUUUCAUGCAAGAUCUGAGAUCGUCUUCUUUCUUGAGAAUUUUUGCUGCUGUUGAAUAA